AUGCCGGUCAAUAUAGCUUCCAAGCUCACGUCAGAAGCAGGGUCUUCAAAUAACCGACAAGCGGCGGCAGGUGGUGGACAGGAGCCACUUGGUAUCGGAGAGAACCGCGGAACCGUCGAUUGGUAUUCAUUUAUAGGGUCCGAUGGCGUCGGGCAAGACCAACCCUACCUAACAUGGCCGAACGGCAAGAAGGAACAGCUUCCAAUACUUCCAGCCAUCCCUAUGACAUCAAGAUAUGAGACAUUUCUGAAGAUCAGAUUAGCGCCCAGAGUUGUCAAACUCACGACUCUUUUACACAUCUUCUCCAUGUAUGUUUGCCACACGUGGUACGAGUCUUUUGGAAGGCAAUUGGUUCGGGAGGAAGUCGUGGGCAUAAUGCGCAUGGUUUUUUACGGCACUCGGUCGAACGCAAGAUUUUUAAGUCUCGAAAGAUUCGAUGACCCCGCAGAUGAGCUCACAAUCGCACUCCGAAGCAUGACCGACACAGUGAAAGACACAGUGAAGGAAGAAUGGUGCCGCCACGUUGAUGGUUGGUUACAGCAACUUCGAGCUGUUGACCCCGCAGCCAAAGUUAGAGCCGAAGACCUUGUUGGUUUCAUAGGGAGGCCACCGUUGGUUCUUGAUUCUACGCUUAGGGCAUAUCAAGUGAACGCGAAUUCCAUUGAGGGCUACCAGGCCUGUGCCCAUUACGGUGUAGUCAAUUGGGGCACAAAUCGCGACAACGAAAAGUUGAGAGAACAGGAUACCAGAAAAGUUUUCAGCCACUAUUACAACUGGAGGGCUGUUCGCGCAAUACGCCUCUCCGUGAUCUUUGCAGACCCAAAUCUUCAGGACACCCAGAAUGUAGCUUUGGUGGCUAAUGAUCCAAAGUACAAACCAUUUUUCAAAGCUUUGAGCGAGCAGUGGAUUAGUAAAUACGAGGUAGAAGUUCUUGGACUGAAAGCUCGGCCCAAUACAAAAAUCGCUUCUCAAAGCGGCCUCGUUCCAGCGAUGACUUCAAGUCUUGGAGCAUUAUCAUUGACGGCAACCGCUUCAAGUUCAAGUCAGCGCACCGCGCCAGGUCCAAGCCAGCUGAUCGAUAUUGAAGGAAGUUACGGAUUCGAACUCAUGACAGCUCGUGCACUCCUCAGUGCAUCCCCCAGUGCACCCCCCAGUGAAAGCAGCAGCAAGGCGUCAAGCGGAAAAGGCAAAGGGAAGGAGACAAUUCCAGAGACUCCAGACUAUAUCGGACAAUUCACCGAUGAUGAUGACUACGCUAGGAGUGAGUCCGCAGGGUCUCCGCCACCUCCUGGAGAGACCACCAGCGACGAUCCAGCCAAUAAAGGGAAAGGCAAGGCUAGGCGACGAGAAUCUAGUUCUAAUUCACCACCGAAAACAGAAAAAGGAAAAGGAAAAGGAAAAGAAAAGGUGGCAAAACGUCAACGUCGUGAUUGA